AUGGCAACACCGCAAACAGGAAAGGAGCAAGAAGAGAGCAGCAAUGCGAGUGCCAAACCAGGACUUAGAAAGCCUGUUUUCACCAAAGUGGACCAGCUUAAGCCUGGAACUGGAGGCCACACAUUGAUUGGCAAGGUCCUUAAUUCCGAUACUGUCCUUCAAAAGGGUCGAUCGGUCUCUCAGCAUCUCCGUAAGACACGAAUCGCUGAAUGUCUUAUUGGGGAUGAGACUGCUUCCAUCAUUUUCACCGCAAGAAACGAUCAAGAGUAUAUGAUGGUAGAAGAUUCCCUAGAGUAUGAUGCUAAUCAUUAUAGGAACCAUAGUUCUAGUUUAACAAUUAUGAUUCUUAACUCAAUGAGGCGGAAUGAUGGCUAUUGGGUAUUUGAUCUGAUGAAGCCGGGUACAACUGUUAUCCUCCGCAAUGCAAAGAUUGACAUGUUUAAGGGAUCUAUGAGGCUAGCAGUUGACAAAUGGGGUCGGGUUGAAGUCACUGAGCCUGCAGAAUUUGUAGUCAAGGAAGACAACAAUCUCUCUCUUGUUGAAUACGAGCUUGUGAGUGUUGGAGAAGAGUGA